AUGGAGCUUGACCAAAGGGUGUACAAUAAGCCGAUCACAUCUGAGAUUGCUAGUAUUUGGGUUGAAGGAAAUGACAACAUCACUGCAUAUAAAAGAAGUAUUAUUGUCUAUGGGAGGUCUAACUAUAGUACUGAAAUUCAACCUCACUUUGGUUGUUAUGAUCCUUUGUCGUAUCCUUUAUUCUUUCCUAAUGGUGAGUCUGGAUGGCAUCCUAAAAUACCAAGAUAUGGGGUCGCCAUGGAUGAAAUUAAUAGUGACAAUGAAGACAAUGAUGAAGGUUCAGAAGGAUCUACUUCAAAAAAAGGCAGAAAUACUGUAAGUAUGCGGGAAUACUAUUGUUACAAAUUCCAGAUACGGUCGAAUGAUAAUGUGAUUUUGAUGGGAGGGAGAUUGUUCCAGCAGUUUGCAGUAGAUACCUAUAUAAAGAUUGAGACUACACGUUUGGUUUUUGUUGAAAAGAACCAAACCAAAAUUAGAGCCGAUUUAUACCAGGGCGUUGUUGAUUGCAUCAAUGCCGGUGAGGCUCAACCAAGUAGGGUUGGACAGAGAGUUGUGUUACCUGCAAGUUUCAUUGGAGGUCCACGUGACAUGCGUCGAAGAUUUCUGGAUGCCAUGGCUUUAGUUCAAGAUGAUGGGAGGCCUGAUAUAUUUCUUACAAUGACGUGCAACCCAAAAUGGAAAGAAAUCGAUGAUGAGUUAUUGCCUGGACAGUCAACUCAAGAUCGAUCGGACCUUGUUGCAAGAGUUUUUCAUGCUAAGUAA